AUGGAUCUGCAGCCGCCAUCGGUCUUGGCCCAAUUGCCUCGCCCCUUGCACGCAUCCAAGGGCAAAACCCAUACCGGCGAAGUCUAUAGUCUCUCAGACUCUAAAAAGCGCAAAAGAUAUGAAGUUGCUGUCGCAGUCGAUGGAGAGGCUGUGAACAUCUACAAUAUACAAACUCCGAAGCUGGUAACCUCCUACGCUGUCCCUCCGCAAUCCUCGUUCUCGUGUGAGCCAUGCUCGGUGCGCAGAAAGCUUUCGGACAAAUCGGUUGUGAAGAGACAGACCUAUGUUGCGGUUAAUCCUCAGAAAGAGAUCAAGUGCUUUGUGGAAGAAAGCGGUGGAAACGGGUCGAGCGCGCCUGUCAUCUCUUCCUCAUCUUUCUCCGUGAAAGACUCCAGUAGUCCAACAGUUUUCAUCGGUAUCGUCCCGACAGGGUCUAGCGAGGAGGACAAGAGCCCAUACGAUAUUUUGACGGUUCACCAAGACGGCCGUGUCCGGAGACUAGCAGCGGACCUGGACAACCAGCACUGGAGUCUCCAGCAUAGUGAGCUCGCAAAGAUUUCUUCGUCUCAUACUGUUCAAGCAUGCUUCCUCGUUGAGUUCGAAGACGCCAAAAAGGCCCUGUUCAAGAGAAGACAGGACCUUGCGGCUUUGGCUUUAGGGGAUCUGGUGGACUCUAACGUGGAUGAACCUUCAGUGCUGUUGCUCGUUUCGCAUCCAACUGGUUCCAAAGAGAUCAAACUGAGUGACGUCAAGGUCCAUAUGUUCUCCGUACCUGCUAAGAUUCCUUCUCAGGGCAGGAGUCUUGACGAGAGUCAGAAAUUGAAGCAUCUCCUGACUUUCAACAUCCCAGAUAUCAAGGGACAAGAGUUCUUUGAAAGCAGCGGCUUGGAAUGGGAUUUCCAUACCGGAUCGGCCGGGCUGAAUCUGUCCUUCGCCAAGGGAUUUGUCAACUUCGAUCUUUCUCAGUACAAGCCCACAGUGACUUCGCAGUUUAUCCUCGAAAACGAAAAUUUUUCUUCCUUGAUGCGCAUAUCUCCCCAGUCCGUCAUUGGUGCAGGGAAUUCGAUCGUCGCAUUGUUCGAUACCCAAUACAAAUCCAUCCAGCGCAGCAUCGCCACUGACGACAUUCACGGAAGUAACAACCCCAAGGCACGGACAACGUUCAUUAGUUACUAUUCAAAGCUGGGAAUGGCUGUAGCGACCAAAGGAAACACCCUAUUUGCGUUCGACCUGAGCUCGUCCAAUUCACUUUCGGGUUCUUCACUGAAGCGGUCGAGAGACAGUCUUCUGAUUGACGCUAUUGGACGCGGUAUUGGAUCAUCCGCCUCUCAGUGGGAUGUGGCAUCAAAGAAGCCACGGACCGACCAAUUUACGUCGUUGGGUCUCACCUCAGAGGAGCAGGUCAGUCGGUGGAACAAACUGGUCACUGACCUGCGCGCGGCCUCGAAGUCGCAAAACGGCGACGCCUUCGACAGUGCAGUGCAGACGUACUUCGAAGCUAGUAACUCCGAUGCUCUGCCAAAACAGUACGUCAAUCCAGAGGUCAUUCUGUUCCUGCUCUCUUGCAUCUUCUCCUUGAAGGAUGCCGUGAACAAGGACCAAUUGUCCGUCUCUUCGUCGUCACGGCUGUCCAUUGACGUCUGGCCGGAGCACACAUGCCAAUGGCUCACUCAACUGGGCCAGCUGUCUCUCGACAAUGUCGAGAUUGCCCUACGCCGAUCACUCAAGCCCCGUAUCCUGCCCGCAUUGCCAACUGGAUCAUUCGUGCAAGCUCUCAUGGAUGCGGACCCCACCCUCAAGCGCCUCAUCGACAUCCUCCAAGGUCCUGUCACACUCAGCUCUGACGAAUUAGCCUACACGCUCAAAUUCUUCCUCAACAUGGCGCGCUCCCGUUCCGCAACCCUCGAAGAGACAGCCCUCGCCAUAACCGCCGGCGAAGAGAACAACACCGAGGCCAUCCAGAACCCCGAAGCCACACUCCAGGACAUCUUCCGCGGGCUAAACACCACCCUCCAAAAGAUCCACAUCCACCCCCUCCCAACGAUCACCACCUCCAUCUGCUCCACCCUCUCCAGAACCGAGAUCAUCGCCAUGGUCCACCAUCUCCGCCUCUCUCUCGCAACAGGCGGGUACGCAUCCCGCUUCACCGAAAACCCCCCCACCCCGAUCUGCCCCGACCAAACCACCCCCUCCCUCACCCUCAACACAAUCACAGACCUCCUCAACGUCUCCGUCGACGCCGUAGGCCCAUCCGGCUGGAUCUCCGCCACCGCCUUCGACGACACCCCAACUCGCGAGAUGGACCUGAUCGCAGACAUGAAAUCCGAAAUCUCCGCCGCCCUCGCCGGCGUCGAAGAAGCCUCCUACCUGAAAGGCGUCCUCGGCGAAUACCUCCGGUACACAGAUAGCGUUGCCAAAUCCGCCAAAUCUGCCGCGACCCGGAAACCCAAGGCCCGCGACGAACAGCGUCCUCGCUGGUGCGCUUCGAGAAACUCAACGGCGCAGACGUGA